CUAUGACGUGCCGUCACGCAGAAUCACAGCCACGUCGUCUCCACCUCCAUGGCUACUCAUUUAGCCACCCCUCUCUUCUCUCCCUUAGCUCUUUCUUCAUCAAGAAAUUCCUCUCCCAAGAUCCUAUUCCAAUCGAAAAAUGGGAAGACUUUCGAUUCUAGUGCAACCCAGAAGCUAAAUCUAUCAAAACUACGUAAAACCGAUGGACAAAGUACGAGGUUUCUGCAAAUGAGUUCUCGAGAUAUGAGCUUUGGGAGAAAACUUUCAACUCAAGCCAUGGAUGGUGCAGGAACAGGAAACAGGUCAGCGAUCUCUAGUAAGGUGUUUGCGACAACGCACUUGUUGGUGUCGCUUGGGAUCAUACUUGCGGCAGACCAGUUCUUGAAACAGGCUUUUGUAGCGGCGUCCAUCAAGUUCCCUAGCGCUCUGUUCGGAAUGUUCUGUAUUUUCUCCGUUCUUAUGAUAUUAGAUUCCGUUGUUCCUGGUGCUGCGACCGGUAUGAUGAACUUCUUCGAGCCAGCGUUUCUGUUUAUCCAGAGAUGGCUUCCUUUGUUCUACGUCCCUUCUCUUGUGGUUCUCCCUCUUUCCGUCAGAGACAUUCCCGCCGCUUCAGGGGUCAAAAUCUGCUACAUUGUAGCUGGUGGAUGGUUGGCAUCUCUUUGUGUAGCAGGUUUCACGGCUAUAGCAGUGAGAAGAAUGGUGAAAACCGAAAUGACAGAAGCAGAGCCUAUGGCAAAACCAUCACCUUUUUCAACACUUGAGCUAUGGAGUUGGAGUGGGAUCUUUGUCGUGUCAUUUGUUGCAGCUCUGUUUUACCCUACUUCACUGGGGACAAGUGCACGAACUUGUCUCCCUUUCCUUCUUUCUUCUACUGUUCUAGGUUACAUUGUGGGAUCAGGGUUGCCAUCUUCUAUCAAGAAAGUUUUCCAUCCAAUAAUCUGCUGCGCGCUAUCUUCAGUACUCGCUGCUCUAGCUUUCGGGUAUGCUUCAGGAUCUGGACUUGAUCAUGUUUUAGGAAACUACUUAACCAAAGUAGCAUCAGAUCCUGGUGCUGGUGACAUACUAAUGGGUUUUCUUGGCUCUGUCAUUCUCUCUUUCGCUUUCUCCAUGUUCAAACAAAGAAAGCUUGUGAAGAGGCACGCAGCUGAGAUCUUCACAUCUGUGAUUGUUUCAACGGUGUUCUCGCUCUACUCCACUGCUCUUGUUGGACGUUUAGUCGGUCUAGAACCAUCUUUAACGGUUUCAAUCUUACCACGCUGCAUCACGGUUGCAUUGGCCCUUAGCAUUGUAUCACUCUUUGAAGGAACCAAUUCGUCUCUUACAGCGGCUGUAGUUGUUGUGACUGGUCUUAUUGGAGCUAACUUCGUACAAGUUGUUCUUGACAAACUGCGUUUACGCGACCCAAUUGCUCGGGGAAUCGCAACUGCUUCAAGUGCUCAUGGACUUGGAACAGCAGCUUUGUCGGCUAAGGAGCCAGAGGCUCUUCCCUUCUGUGCGAUUGCUUAUGCCCUCACCGGAAUCUUUGGAUCGUUACUGUGUUCUGUCCCUGCAGUCAGGCAAAGUUUGCUGGCGGUUGUCGGCUGAGGUGCGAUGCCGUGGCGACAUACAACUGAUGGUCUCAGGAUCCGGCAAGUUACUUCAGUAUGGGAACAUUUUGCUUUGGAUGUGAGAGCUUGUUGUAUCAAUGAAAAGAUGAUGGGAAAAAUCGCUAUCUAUUUUAUUUAGUUUUUGUAAAUGUUUGUGAAUUUGUAAUGGAAAGAAAAUAUAUAUGUAAAGUUAAUAAAAGGCGAAAUUGUAUUUA